GGGAUGCAAACGAGCCGGCAGGGCCCUCUCGGGGCUGGGCCACCCGGGGGGUGACGGGAAGGGAGGCCGGCCGGGGCCCCGCGAGCCCGGCUCCGGGCGGGAAGUGGGCGCGGCGCGGGCUCUGCGGUGCGCGCUGAAGGCGGGCGGCUCGGCGGCUGUGGACGAGGAUGGGAGCGGGAACCCCCGGCCGCCCGCAGCCUCUGGGGCCCCGCUGAGGCCGCGGCGGAGGGCCCGCGCCGGGAGCCGAGAUGUGUCUGCGCCUUGGAUGAGCCCCACCCAUGGCCUUGACACAGCUGUCCCCCCCAGGUGGCCUGAGUGUGGAUGACUUCCGGAAGGUGCUCAUGAAGACAGGGCUGGUGCUGGUGGUGCUGGGCCACGUGAGCUUCAUUGCAGCUGCUCUCCUCCAUGGCACUGUGCUGCGCUACGUGGCUGCCCCCCAUGACACUGUGGCUCUGCAGUACUGCGUGGUGAACAUCCUCUCUGUCACUUCUGCCAUUGUGGUCAUCACCGCAGGUAUUGCAGCCAUCGCGUUGUCCCGCUACCUCCCCAGCAUCCCCCUGCGUUGGACAGUGUUUAGCUCAAGCAUGGCCUGUGCUCUUCUCUCUCUGACCUGUGCUCUUGGCCUCGUGGCAUCGAUCACCGUGACCUUUGCGACCCAGGGCCGGGCACUACUGGCUGCCUGUACUUUUGAGAGCCCUGAACUACUGGCACUGGUGUCCGACUGUCCCUUCGACCCCACACGAAUUUACGCAGCCAUCUCUGCCCCCUGUGUCCCCACAGAGCUCCAGCCUGUGCCUCUGGGGCAUCUCACUAGUGCUCUGCAUAGCAGAGAGUGUGUUUGCUGUGCGCUGUGCCCAGUUUGCCCACCAGCUGCUGGAACUGAGGCCCUGGUGGGGGAAAAGCAGCCACUGCACGGUGACCUGGAGGCAGAGACCCAGACCCAGCAGGCCUGGCUGCCGCUUGUGUCUCCACAGAUGCAGGAGAAGCCAGAGCCUGUGGAGAGCCAUGACCUGCUGAGCUGCACCAGCUCUGAGCUGCUGACCCUCUGAGCUGAUGCCUCCUCGCCAGGCCGGGGCCCUGCAACCAAGUCUGCACUGUGACCAGGCCAGGAUUCCUGGAGGCCACCCAAGAGGGCUCAGUGGCUAUUUGGGGACCCAGGUGGGGCUUCCAACCCCUUCCCAUGGUCACCCAGCCCACUGCACUGAAAGGAGACUUUAUUCUGAAGUUAUUAAAAAGAACAGAGAUGCUC